AUGGCACCGGUUCUCAGAAGUGACGGCAACCGCUUCCAGCUGCCCGAGCGGGAGCCCUUCCUCUACGUCCGCUCCCUGCGCUGGCUGCAGCUCGACGCCUGCGGCCUCACGCACCUGCCCGAGUCGGCCUUUCGCCGCCUGCCCAACCUGCGAGUGCUGCAGCUGCGUGACAAUGACUUAGAGACGCUCGGUGAUGCUGUCGUCUACUUGAAGAACCUCUCUGUGUUGGCUCUCCAGGGGAAUAGACUUGUGCGUCAAGUAUUCAUGUUGCCUCCUGGUCUCCAGCUGUUCAAUCUGAAUGACAACGACGUUGAUGCUUUUGACAAGGGGAUGAUUCAAGGGGCCGACAACUUGGAGUAUUUGUUGAUUUCCAAUAACUAUAUAACAUCGAUUCAUGAAGGCUCACUACUUUACCUGCACAACCUGAAAUUUCUAGAACUCGGAGGAAAUAAACUUAACACAACCUUUGACACCCUUUCGUCAGCAGCAUCCAUAGAAAUUGUUCACUUAGAAAAUCUAUCUAGCCUAAAGCUUCAUGAAAACGAAAUAGAAUCGAUAAAUUUAGAAGUAUUUCUGAAGAUGAAGAAUUUGAAACAACUGUCGCUUUCCGGAAAUAAAAUUAAAACUAUCACGAACGAAGUGUGGCGUAGAAAUUUAGAGAUAGAAGAGACACCAACACUGGAGGGUCUUUCGCUUUCUGGAAAUAAAAUUAGCUUUUUAGGGUCAUCAUUAAGACCAUUCAUGAGUUCAAUGCUUAACCUUAAUCUGUCGAGCAACAGACUAGUUUCCUUCAGCUCCAGCAGACUCACCCAAGAGACUAGAAGCUCUCUGAAGUCUUUGGAUCUGAGCCACAACCGAAUAAACCCGUCCUUGGCUAAAACACUAGAGCUGGAUUACUUAACUGAAUUAGAAUUCUUGUCCUUGCAAGGCAAUGAAAUUGAAAGCAUGAGCGAUUCUACAUUUCGCCGUCUUAAACGUUUAAAACAUCUCGAUCUUUCAAACAAUAAGUUCAAGAAACUUCCAGCAGGUCUUUUCCGGAAUUUAAAAGAGCUCAAGAUUCUUCAUCUUAAGUUUCUAAACAUGAAUAACGGAAUGCAACAGUGGUCGUUGUAUUUAUUUGAUCCCUUGACAAAUUUAGAAGAAUUAUCACUGCAAGGAAACAAUAUAAGAAUUCUGCCAGAAACAAUAUUCCAAAAUUUGAAACGUUUGAAAAGUCUCGAUUUAUCUUACAACAAUCUGCAGGUUCUAAAUUUGAAUAUCCUUAUGAAUUCUGUAUAUUUAAAGAAGUUAAAUUUAAAAUACAACAGCCUGCUGUACCUGAGUUGUAAUUCUCCGUGCUCGUUUGUCAGUAUAACGCACGUCGACUUGGAAAGCAACAGUUUCAGAGAAAUACCGCGCAACUUCACCACGACGUUUCCGUCCCUCCAGCACCUCGACGUAUCCAGGAACCUCCUGGAGUCGCUGGAUCUGGACGCCCUGGAGGAGCUGGAGGGGCUGUCGUCUGUGCGCGCUUCGUACAACCCGAUCCCGUGCGACUGUCGCAUGCUCGCCGCUUGGGAGCGGUACGGCGGCGCAGGCAACCAGACGGUGGAGGCAACGUGCCAGGUACGCCUCAAAACACCCCCCCCCCUUCGUGGAGCGACACUUACUGUGCUCGAAGUUUGGAAAACAGUCAGCGGUUAUUGCAGAGAAAACAAAUUUCAUCAAUAA